ACAAACUCUCUCAAUAACCAAUCAUGGCUACCAUUCAAAACAAUGCAUCAGUAGCACUAAUAAUAGGAGUCACUGGCAUGGCGGGCCUCAGCAUAGCCCAAGCUCUUAAAAGUCCAACAGCACAAGGUGGCCCAUGGUUAGUCUAUGGUGCAGCUCGACGGCCCAAGCCCACUUGGUUUCCAUCCUCAACCGUUGACCACUUUAUAACCUUUGAUGCCGUCAACUUUGAGGACACAAAUGCCACUCUCUCUCCGCUCUCCUCCGAGAUCACCCAUGUUUUUUGGGCCGCCAUCAAAGUGGGCCGUGACGAGGAAGAAACUAUCAGCACUAACUCUACAAUGUUAUCCAAUGUGCUUAACGUUCUCACGGCCAAUACUCGGCCCAUUAAGCUCCGUCACAUCACCCUCCAAACAGGCACUUCACAUUAUUUGGGCUAUCCGGGUAUGGCCCAACAUGAACCUCCAUUUCACGAGGAAAUGGGCCGGUUACCUUACCCGAAAUUUUACUACACGCUUGAGGACGUGGUGAAAUCAUACGAAUCAGAAUUGACGUACACAAUUCAUCGUCCCUCGAUCAUCAUAGGAGCAUCAUGUAGGAGUGUGUACAACUUCCUGCUCACGUUAGCAGUUUACGCUGAAAUUUGCAAACACGAAAAUAUGCCGUUUCGGUAUCCAGGGACCAAGUACACGUGGGAUCAUUUCUGUGAAAUGAGUGAUGCACGUGUGCUAGCAGAGCAACACGUGUGGGGAGCUGUUAAUGAGAAGGCGACAAACGAGGCGUUUAAUUGUACAAACGGCGACGUAUUUACUUGGAAGAAAAUGUGGGGGGUUUUAUGUGAGGAGUUUGGGGUUGAAUUUGAGCCGUUGGAUGAAGAUGAUGAGUUGUUUGAUCUUGUGGAGGAGAUGAAAGAUAAAGGAAAAGUGUGGGACCAGAUUGUGGAAGAGAAGGGUUUGGUUGAGACAAAGUUGGAGGAGAUUACUUGCUUUCUUCCACUUCAAUAUAUGUCGAGGCUCAAUUUUCAGUUUGUGAGUAGCAUGAAUAAGAGUAAGGAGUUUGGGUUUUAUGGGCACGUUGAUAGUUUUAAAAGCCUUAGGUUUUGGAUUGGAAAACUCAGGGAGAUGAAUAUAAUACCGUGA